AUUUUCCUGCCGCUCUCGGGCUGUGACGUGUCGUGCUGACGGCGGCCUCGGAGCUCGGAGGUGCGGGUGGCUACUAGCAUGUCAAGAUCAGGCUCCAGCAGCCCUGCCUUGAUUUGAGUGGAGCUCCAGAUAAACCCCCUACCCCUCCUCUUCUACUCCACUCCGGCCCGCCCAAAUAACACCAAAUUCCCGAUUGAAUCGAGCCCGAGUCUGGGCUAGUAGGGGAGGGGGGACCAAGCGGCCCUGGGAAGCCGAGGAGCGGACGGAGGCCAUCCCUGCUGCAUCUGCGCUCCAGUAACAAAUGCAGUGCGAGGACAAUGGAUGAGGAGGUCACCAGGCUUUCAAUACCUUCUGAAGAGCCUAAAAUUAUAUUACACGGAUCGGAUGAGGGUGGUGCCGGCGGGCAGGAGUUUGUUGUGGAGCUUCAAGAGACUUUGUUGGUGUCAGAGGGCGAGGGUGAAGGCAUGGCGGUGCACAGGUUUGCCCCAGACGAGCUAGUCAUCCAGGAUGCAGUUGAGGAUGUGGUAUCUGAGUAUGUGCACUGCGAUGAAGAUGAAGAUGUCGCUGUAGAAACCUGCGUGAUGGCCUUGGAUGGUGAGGAGGAAGGCGUUGCCAUGGGUGACAUCCCCGAAGACGGCCUGGACCCUGAGCAGCAGGAUGAUGACCAAGAUAACUGCGGCGAUUAUCUGAUGAUAUCAUUGGAUGAAGCUGGCAAAAUGGUGUCUGAGGAUGGGACAGAGGUAACAGUGGAGGGAGCAGUGGAGGACCAGGAAGUGGAGAAGGAUGAGGAUGGACAGGAAGUGAUAAAGGUGUACAUUUUCAAAGCGGACUCUGGGGAGGAUGACAUGGGAGAAUCCGUUGACAUCAGCGAUGGGGACAUGGAGAAUGUAGCCCUGACAGAUUCGGGCCAAACGAUUCGAGAAAAGAUGGUUUACAUGUCUGUCGGCGAUUCUCAUCACCAAGAAAACCAUGAGGUGGAGGAUAGCGAGAGCUGUGAAAACAGGAACGGAGCUGCAAGCGCGCUCCUGCACAUCGACGAAUCGGACGGCGUUGACGAAAUGGGCCGACAGCGCAACAAGACCAAGCGGCGAUUCGAACCACGACAAGUCCAAACAGCCAUCAUCAUCGGUCCCUACGGUCAACCUCUGACAGUGUAUCCCUGCAUGCUUUGUGGCAAAAAGUUCAAAUCACGCGGAUUCCUGAAGCGGCACACAAAGAAUCAUCACCAGGAGGUUUUGACCCGAAAAAAGUACCAAUGCACAGACUGUGAUUUCACCACCAACAAGAAAGCCAGCCUCCACAACCACAUGGAGGUGCACGCCCUCAGCAGCAAGGCCCCCCUCGAGUGCGAAAUGUGCGGCAAGGAGUUCCACCAGCAGGCGGCGCUGUUCUCCCACAGACUGCAGCACCACCAACGGGAGGCCAAGAGUCAGCAGACGCCUCCUCCGCCACCCGCCAAGAUGCACAAGUGCAAGUUCUGUGAGUAUGAAACUGCUGAGCAAGGACUGCUCAACCGACACUUGUUGGCCGUUCACAGUAAAAGCUUCCCGCACAUCUGUGUGGAAUGCGGGAAAGGUUUCCGUCACCCCUCCGAGUUGAAGAAACACAUGCGUACGCAUACAGGCGAGAAACCUUACUCGUGCAUGUACUGCGAGUACAAGUCAGCUGACUCGUCCAACCUCAAGACUCAUAUCAAGACAAAGCAUAGCAAGGAGAUGCCAUACAAGUGCGAGCGCUGUUUCCAGACAUUUGCGGAGGAGGAGGAGUUAAACCAGCACGAACUGACGCACGAGGAAAAUAAGACCCACCAUUGUGACCACUGUGACCACAAAAGUUCCAAUUCCAGCGACCUGAAACGCCACAUCAUAUCCGUGCACACCAAGGACUACCCGCACAAAUGUGCCGUUUGCGGCAAAGGCUUCCAUCGACCGUCCGAGCUCAAGAAGCACUCGGUUGCACAUCGCACCAAGAAACUCCACCAGUGCCGACACUGCAACUUCAAAAACGCCGACCCCUUUGUCCUCAGUCGCCAUAUCUUGUCUGUCCAUACCAAGGAACAGCAGCAGGCCUCCCCCGAAAAGAGCGAGGCCAAGAGGACAGAGACGCACUCUCCCGCCGCAUCCCCCAAAAAGUCAGCCCCGAGCGCCUCCUCCGGCUCCGGCCUGCCGACUAGAGUGAGUGCAGCCAGUUUAGCGAGCAGCGUGACGGUCGUUAUCGGCAAAGGACAAAAGGAGCGCAGAAUCUACCAGUGCCAGUACUGCGACUACAGCACGGGCGAUGCGUCGGGAUUCAAGCGGCACGUGAUUUCGAUCCACACAAAGGACUACCCGCACCGCUGCGAGAUUUGUUCGAAAGGCUUCCGGCGACCAUCUGAGAAGAACCAGCAUAUCCUGCGCCACCACAAAGACGUGGUGAAAGCAGAGUGAUGGGACGGACCACCAAACCCUCAGCACUGCAACACUCGCGUGAAACUAUGUGGGGCGUCUGCUGCACUUAGCCUGCCCUUUUUUUUUUACAGUGAACCCCCCUUGAGCAUAAAUGCAUUCCAAGAGAUGAAAAUCUGUGAUUUUUCUUUUUUUUUUCCAGGGUUCUCCUAUUAUUUUCUGAACGAACAAGCAAUCAAUUGUUAAUCUGUAUUACAAUCAACACAAUAAGAUUUAUUAUACAUAAAUAGUUUGCCUUUAUAGAUUAGGUUUACGGUAAAAUAAUGUCAAACGAGUCAUCGAUUAUGAAAGAUAGUUUGACUUGCAGUCUUUUAAGCAUUCACUUCAACAACGUCACGGAUUCAUACCAAACACGUGUAAACGCGUCCGCAGCACUUCUAACUUUAUCUAGACACAUUCUAGGGAAAUUAAGUAUGUGUAUAAAUAAAAUCAAAUGACCAAAAUGAAGUUUGAAAGUAAACAGGAAGCUCUAGCUUCCAAUUGAUGGGGAAAAAAUGAAUUGGUUUACCUCUGUCCCGUUUAAAUCCGCUUAAAUUCCAAGCGCCAACUCUCAGGUCCAAAUACUCAUCCGCGCUCCACGCCGACGCUACAGCAUCCAUCGAGCCGUACUAACUCAGACUGUCCAAGAUCGCCGACAUCUCCGCUGAACAAAACGUGGCUGUGAAAAUGCUUACCAUUACAGCCGCAAAAGACACAAGCACCCCGGGGGCUGUCGAGAGGUGACAGUCAAAUAGCGCCGACAUUCCUCCCCAUCAGAAGAAGUGCUGGUACACGCGCGCCGAGAAGGCACAACCAUCAGGCACAGCUUAUUUCCCUUCGACGAAUGUCGUGGCCAAAAUGCUCUUGCAGACGGCUGCCAACUACGGCGCCAUCAAAAUGAUAAAACGCUAAAAUCGUCAUUCAAAUCCUGUUUUCCACUAUCUUGAUGUUAGCGUGAAACGCCAUACACGGCUGACAUUUAACGUAGAUGUUAACAGUAAUUGCAUACCCUCAAACAAAUGGUGCACUUCCACCUCGCCACCAAAAAAACCCCCACAAACGAUUGCUGAAAAAUUCCCGAUGUAGCAGAGGCAUGAAUUCUCAUCGCAAUAAAGCGGGGGUUCACUGUACUUGUCUUUUACAGCCUCACCUUCAUGUAUACACAUGUACAUAACACCAACGCCGUUGGGGAGCGGCACAACCUUCUAUAUGUAGACUUGCACUUUUUACUGCAUGUUCCAUGCUGAGGAGUGGGGAAGCUUGCAUGGCAGAUAGUGCAAAUGUCCGUUUUUUUUUUUUUUGAUGCGCUUCUUUUUUCAUUUUGCAGACUGCAAUCAGAAAGGUCCUCAUUUCAUGUCUCCAAAGCCAAGUGUAAAGUCUGUCUCCGAGAGUCCUGUUGUACUGAAACAGAGCUGUGUGGAUUAGGAACAUGUUUGCUGUAGCGCUUGACACCUGGGCAAAGGUAAAGGCAUUUAUCGAAUGGUGUGUGCCAAUUAUGUGUGAUUGACUUCCAAGUAUUUGGUGUGCUUCCUGAUGCUGGAACAUCCACUUCGGGAUCACAGUGGCCCUGUGUGUUGUGACAAAUAGCUAAGGCUAUAUGUGAAAAGCGCACAGGUGAGCAACAAACAAAUCAUUCUGAGAUUGGGAAACUUGGGACAUUCGUAGUUGAGUGAAAAUUCUCCCAAUUGCCACCAGUUCGUGACCCCGCCUGAGUCAUUGUGCAUCGAAAAGUGCCGCGAAUCAGGAAGCAACAUUCACCAGACAGUUUUUUUAUUUUUUGCACACACUAGAGAGAAUAGUCCCUGUAAAUUAAAAAUGCCAAAAUAGUCUUGAAUCAUGAAUUAUUUCUGAAGAAGCCUUUUUAAAAAAAAUGUUGUCAAGUUGUCUAUGAGCAAACCGGAGCAUUCGUUUGCAGAAAUAGCCUAUUCUCUGCAGGCUAAGAAAACAUCUUCACGGUGGCCCACUUCAUAUCCAUCGAGGAUGCUAUGUAUUGCCGCCAACUAUAAAUGGACUCUCUGUUUUCAACACGCGUUGCUCUUACCAGAAGGGAAAAAAAUGUAAAUGUUUUUAGAAGCAACUUCGGAAGACAGGUGCUUGUGGUGUAGUUUUUACAUUUUUCCUCUUUCCCCCCCCACUCCACCCUGUGAUUUGUCUUUAUAUUUAUUUCAUUUACAAGUUGUUGUAUAGUUCUGAGUAACUAGACUUCUAUGGGACGUAAAUUAUUGUUUUGUAUACAAAUCUGUAUAAAGCGUGUAGAUGUCAACACUUGAUGAAA